AUGGGAGUAGAAAACCAUGUCUAUCUCGCAAAGCUUGCUGAGCAAGCUGAGCGCUAUGAGGAGAUGGUAGAUUGCAUGAAGAAUGUUGCGGGCGCAGAUCAAGAGUUAUCGGUGGAGGAGCGAAAUCUACUUUCUGUUGCUUAUAAGAACGUCAUCGGUGCAAGACGUGCUUCGUGGAGAAUCGUCACAUCAAUCGAGCAAAAAGAAGAGUCGAAGGGCAAUGAGGCUCAGGUUGGGUUGAUCAAGGAAUACCGCCAAAAGAUCGAGGCAGAGCUUGCCAAGAUCUGUGAAGAUAUUCUCGAAGUCCUCGAUGCCCACCUCAUUCCUUCUGCUCAGACAGGCGAAUCAAAGGUUUUCUAUCACAAGAUGAAGGGUGACUAUCAUCGUUACCUCGCUGAGUUCGCCCUUGGCGACAAGCGCAAGAUAUCUGCCGACAAGUCUCUGGAAGCCUAUAAAGCAGCAACUGAGGUCGCAACCACCGAGCUUGCUCCCACGCAUCCCAUUCGUCUUGGUCUCGCCCUCAACUUCUCUGUCUUUUACUACGAGAUCCUCAACUCACCUGAUCAAGCUUGCCACUUGGCUAAGCAGGCAUUCGACGAUGCUAUUGCUGAACUUGAUACCCUAAGUGAAGAGAGUUAUAAGGAUUCCACGCUGAUCAUGCAGCUCCUGAGGGACAACCUUACUCUGUGGACUUCCUCCGAAGCCGACCAACAAGGUGGUGCCGAGGGUGGUGCUGCGCCUGCGGCAGCCGAUGCAAAGGAUGAGAAGCCAGCUGAUAUUGAGACGAAAGACGCUCCCGCUGCUGAGCCAGAGAAGGCUGCAGCAUAA